UAUAUAACGCAUCCACACCUUAGGUCAACCAAAUGCUUCCCCACCCUUUGAAUUACCCAAGAGGUCUCCUUGGUUUUAAGAUUUCCUGAGAGCUUGCUCCCCGGUUUCCUUCUCCCAGUCCCAUAAAAGCAACGCAAAUUAACGUUGGGCUCAGGUUUCAUGCAAAUUCGUGUUUACUGUGCGUGAGGCCUGACGGGCAGUUCCUGUUCCGACGCCCCAGGUAGCCUCAGCAGCAUCCACAAAAGUGCAACACAGAUCCGAUUCCUUUUCACUGGUGAGUAAAGUGGCUUUUCUCUUCAAUCAGAACCCGUUCAUCCAGUCCAUUGAAAAUCAAACUACAGGGACGCUGAAUAUUCAUAGACACAACUUAUGUUUAAACUUUUCAAAAUAAGGGCUACGGUUCUUCUUUUCAUUCAGACUUAACAAGAGCAGAAAUGUUAAGAAAGACUGACCGUUCAUUGUAUUCUGUGUGUUAUGGCAGGAGUUGCGUAUAUCACCGUUAUAACGCCACUGGAAAGGCUGUCAACAAGUUUUAUAAAUUUGUUUAUAGAAAUAUGUGACUAUUCAUUUUACUUUGUGAGGUCAGACACUCUGGGGCAAGAUGUAUGUAUGCACGCUGGAGCAAAAGUUUACUUCUCUGAAUUCAGCUAAGGCCCCGCCCCUGAAAAGCAACACGGAACAACAAUCCUUUUCCACCAAAACUUUAACAAGUACUCAUCGCAGGAGGCAAGCACCAAACUUUAAAAACCACACUUUUAUUUUGAAGAUAGAACACCCCACUUCCGGAUUCGCAUCGGUUUCCCUGCGGAACUUGACUUCAGAGACGGUCGAGCUGAGACUGGCGGCGGAGCGGAGGGAGUGUCCGCUGCUGGGUGGAGGUGUAGCUGUAGGCUGACGUCUUCAUACUGGGAAUGACUUGAAAGAAGACAAACAACAACAAAAAAAACACAGUCAGACAACAACGCUUACGGAAAACAGAGGAACAAUUUCGUCCCUUAACUUCAUCCUGCGUUGAGUUGUAUGACCGUGUGAAGACACGAGAUGUAACAAAGUGGCAACGUGAGGCUAACGUGGAUUUACCGGUUUGUGUGAAAAGUCCUACAGGCCCGACCAGAUGCCAGGUACGUCAAUUAUGGAUACCAGUAUUGAGGCCUCCCAGAGCGGAGGCCUGCCUACAAAGCCAUCUGUUCCUCCCAAACCCAGUCUCGCUCCCAAGCCGUUCUCUCUGCAAAAGAACAGCACAAUUCGCUCCUUCAAAGCUCCAAAGACUGUUUCCAAAACUGCUCCUACAGCUGAGCCAGAAGCAAGUCAGACUGAGAAAUCAGAGGCAAAAAGUUCCCCGACCACCACUGUAACUACCCCUGCUAAAAAACUGCCUCAGCCCAUCAGUUCUGCAGAGACUGCUCUCAAAACUGAUCCUACACCUAAGCCAGAAGCAAGUCAGACUGAGAAAUCGGAGACAAAAAGUCCCACGAACACUGCCUUGACCAUCCCUACUGAGGAACUGUCUCAGUCUAUCAGUUCUCCAGAGACUGCUCCGAAAACAGCUCCUACAUCUACGUCUGAAACAAAUAAGAUUGAAAAAUCUGAGAAAAUUACUCCAGCAAAAACCAAAGUGACAAUCCAUACUGAGGAACUGUCUCAACCCAUCAGUUCUUCUGAGACUCCCCCCAAAACACCCCCUCCACUUAAGUCUGAAACCAAUCAGAUUGAACAAUCAGAGACAGAAAAUCCUACUGCUGUCACCAUCCCUGCUAAAAAACUGCCUCAACCCACCUCAGCCUCAGCUCCCAAACCACAGCCUACAAGUACGCUGCCUACAUCUCAACCAGAAGCAUCGAAAAUAAGUGACGCACUUCCACAGGUUGAGAACAGUCUUGGUUCUGAGACAGCUGCUCUGGAUCCAGCUACCGAAACAACUCCAACUAAAGAGGAGCCCAAGUCAGAACCGGCGCAGAAAGACAUCAUCCAAACAAGCCACACACCACCCACCACUGCUGUUGCUAGCUCAGAGCAGAAAGAUGGAGAGGAGAAGCAAAGUGACACUCCAGUUUCUGUCAGCCAAAAUACAGAAGAGUCAAGCAGCAACAGUCCAUCCACAAACGAUUCAUUUUACCAGCGGGGAAGCGUAAGGAAGCGUCUGUCUAAGGCGCUCACCUCAAAGUUUGAGUCAGGCGGUGUUCCUUUGCCCCGUCAGUCUUACAUUCCCAUUCCCAAACCCAUCACCAAAGACGAAUCUAAUAAACCAGAGUCUUCUGACUCGCAGCAUGUUCACACAAUACCAGAACCUCCAAUCAAAGGGAGUGAUACUGAGGCAGAGGAUUUUACCGGCGGGAACAGCAUUAAGAAGAGAAUCAGUCAACUGUUGGACUAUGUGCCAAAGCCAGAGGUUACGACCAAGAGAAUGGAGCCAGAAAUAGCGAAUGGGAUCGGAGGCGUGAAGGAGAAGAUCAAAAGCUGGGCGUCAGAAACAGGUCCAGAGGAUCAGAAGGUCGAGAAGAGUCCUCAGGCUGCAGACAGAGUUUGCUCCAAGGAGUUAAAGCCGGAAACACUAAGAGUGGAAGUUCCUGCGACGGAAGAGACACCCACCCAGCCAGUGGACUCAUGUUCAACAGCAUCCUCAUCCACAGGGAGUCAAAUUGAACCACCAGAGGAGGCACCAUUCAAAGAUAUACCCUUAGAAAAUGCAACAGAGACUCCAGCAGAGACUGACAAGCCAAAGGAAGAUGAUGUCCAGGUGCAGAGCAACCACUUGGCUGCUGCUGAUGAGAAAAACUUGGCCGAGCUGAAGAAGAAGAAGAUGAAGAACCGUCGCUCUGUUCGCUUUGGAACCGUGGUGGCAGAUGACGGUACACCUCCAGUGGUGCUGGGCCCGGAGCCUGAAUCCAGUGAAGAUGAAAAUCAAGAAGAGAAUGCUGAGGUUGAAAGCAAGGAAAAAGGGGAGGACGCCGUUUCGAUGCCCGUCUACAAAAGAGUCGGCAUAUUCCAGAGGAAGGAUGACGAGACAAAAAGUCAAGAAACUCUGAAGCACCAGGAGCAGGAGGAGGAGAGAAAAAGAAGAGAACUUGAGGAGCAAAGACAGAAAGAGCUGAAAGAUGAGGAAGAAAAACUAAAAUUAGAAGAAGAUCAAAGACAAAAGGAAGAGGAGACAAGAAAAUAUCAGCAAGAAUUAAUGGAGCUGACGAGGAUGAGAGAGGAGCAAGAGUUGGAAAAGGAAAAGUUAAGACAGGAGCUGGAGAGGGAGCAAGUCAAAAAGCAGGAAGAGGAGGAGAGGAAGAGACAGGAGGAUGAGGAGAGGGAAAGGAUGGAGCUGGAGAGGAAGAUGCAGCAAGUCAAAGAGGAAGAGGAAGAGAGAAAAAGAAGAGAACUUGAGGAGCAAAGACAGAAAGAGCUGAAAGAUGAGGAGGAAAGACUAAAAUUGGAAGAAGAUCAAAGACAGAAGGAAGAGGAGGAGUCAAGAAAAUAUCAGCAAAGAUUAAUGGAGUUGAUGAGGAUGAGAGAGGAAGAACAAGAGCUGGAAAAAGAAAAGCUAAGACAGGAGCUGGAGAGGGAGCAAAUCAGAAGGCAGGAAGAGGAGGAGAGGAAGAGAAAAGAGGAAAUAAAGUUACAGAUGGAGAAGGAAAGGGCAGAAGAGCUGAAGAAAAAGAUGGAAGAGAGUCAGCCAAGAACAGAGGAGGAGAAUGACAAAAGAGAGAAAAAGCUUGUCAAUCUUGAUGCAGACGAGCCUCCACCAUCCCCCUCAUCUCACGUCUCAAAGAACACAGAGAGCCUCAUCGAUGCCGUUUAUGAUGACUUCUCGAUCCAGAACCCUGUGUUCGACGUAGACUUUGAUGACUUUUCUGUCAAACCCAGGAGACGGACUUUCCAGCCUAGGCGGGAAACUGCUCCCAUCAGCAGCGGCUGGAGAGUCGAACCUCCGAGGAAAGACGACCUGCUGGUGUCCUUUGACAGCGAACCUCAGGAAACUCAGCAAGAAAACGAACCAAAGCCACCAGCCACGCAGUUGGUUCCCACCCCAGCCCCAGAGACCCCAGAGGAAGAGAAGGUUAAGAGGUUGUUGGUAGAGUUUGGUGUGAAGGAGGAGGGAGAUGAAGAGGCAGAGAGGCCGGUGGCGGACCAGCCUGUAGAGAUGAAGGAGGAGGAGAUGGAGAAUGGGGCACAAAUGGAAGACGAGGGUGAAGAAGACGACAACAAAGAGCGACAGGUUAACAGCUACAUCACAAAUGAUGAGGACAAACUCAUCCAGACUUUGUUGCACAGUGAGCAGGAUGGGAUUUCUGAACAAACUUCCGGACCUGACAGUCCAACUGCCGGCCCUGAUGCUUCCUCUGAAGAUCUGGAUUAUAAUGAUUCUCAAAGAGAGAUGGAUUUAGAUGCAGUCUGUGAGAACUCUGCCCCUCUGCUUGACAACAGCUCACAAAAAUCUAAAGCAGUUUUGGGCAGGAGGCUAACACGAACGCGUCCAUCUCGCUCUCUCAGAUUAGGGUCGGCUGAAGCUGCCAAAGUACAAUUGAGUGUCUUUAAGGAUGAAAAAGACAACCAGUCAGACUCAGAGGAGGAGCCACCUGAAUCAAAGCCAGUUUAUUCUUCUACUCAGAGGGUUCCCAUGUUUCCAGGGCUGAACCCUAAAGAUCUACUUAUUGGAAUAAAAAAGAAAACCGGUGGCGUGGCAGCUGAAGCAGAAGAGAGAUCGGCAGAAGACAGAGGAGAACAAGAGACCGAAAGUCAAAAUAAUAAAGCCGCUCCAUCUCCGUCGCAGGCCUCAGGAACUCCUCGCGUGGUGCCUCGUCUCGCAGGAGCUAAACUAGUGCUGCCCCCUGCAGUCAUUAAGGACGGAGGGCAUCUCAGGCCAGCGCCUAGGAAGCGGACGACUCAGCAGAAUGGUGAAACUUAGCCAGACAUAAGAGAGACACGGCUUUCACACUCUUCAGCGGGAAUUGGAUCGUUUCAGCUCCUUGCUGAUGGCAGAUGUAAUGAUGAUUGCUCCGUUCUGCACUUUGAGUGCCUUACUUUGGAUCUUUUCUGAGAGAGAAGAAAUUGCGGGGGGUUUUUCUGGACACAGAGGCAACAAUGCCCUUUUGUGUGUUAAAAAUGAAAUAUGGUGCCAUGGCUGUGUGCAGAGGCCGUUGGAUGUUGCUGCCACGUAAAUAUUUCUCCAAGCACUGUCUGAGAGCUCUGUGGAUGUUUGAGUGUACCUUAGAGCAAAGCCAUUCUGUGUCUUAAUCUGUGAAUGUGAAAUCCAUCAUAGAGGAAAUGAUGGCAUUACAUCUCAUCAGAAUACUGAUUAUGCUUAUUAAAAUAAGGGACUUUUCAGUCUUUUUACCUAAUCUGACAUGCACCACUAACUGGAUUUACACAAAAUCUACCACUAAAUCCAAUGCUUUAACUUUUGUAGAUCCCUUAGAAGAUGUGCAGGUCCAGACAUAAAUCCUUAAACUUACUGGAAACAUCUUCACACAGCAUAGACAACUAAAAGACACAAAUGGAAAAAGCAUAGAAAUGUACAGAAUCACUAAGUGGAUGUGUGUUUUUAGUUUUAAGUUGCGCAGAUUAUUUUUUUAUAUCCUAUCACAAUUCUUCUCAAGGAAAGUUUGAAGCACUUUAAGAAAACAUUACUAUAUUUCCACCCAUGCAAUAAAAUUUGAGCAAUAGGAAAAUCAUGUUUGAAGUUACUUUUACAGAGGAUUGAGUUUUUUCCUGUGUUUUGUUACAACACUGUCAGUUUCACAUUCUGAAGUUCUAUUUCUUUCUCUGGGGACAAUAACAGAUUCAGGAAGUGUGUGUGUUUAUAUGUGUGUGUGUUCAAGAUUGUAAAACUUAGAAAACCAUGUGCCUUUUUAUUACUAGAAAAUUGUGACCACUUUGGUCAUAAUAGUGUAUGCUUAACGGAAAUUGAGGGACCUUUAAUAAAAGUUUUUAUUUUCUAUGAAA